UUCCUCACCGAUGCUAUGGUUACCUUUAUUACGAUCUUACAGGUGAAUCUAGUGAUGUCCAUCCUGCUGUACGUGAUGUUCCUCGCGUACCUCUAUGGCAUCUCGGCAUCCACAAUGAACAAGCAGCAGCCGACGCAGGAUCCUAUUAACAAUCUGAUCAUAAAGCUCCUGCAGGCUGACAUCACCCGCAGCCGACAGAAGCAGGAUGAGGGCGUCCCGGAUUCACUUCAGUCCAGCACCUCAAACACACCUGCAGGGAUGGACUACAAGGAGAACUUUAGCUCGAGCAUUUACCAGCCUGUGACGGACAUCUCCGCAGAACUCCUGCGCCAGCAUAAGAGAUACAACUCGCCACGGGUGCUGCUGAGCGACCGGCCUCCUCUGCAGCCCCCUCCGCUCUACCUCAUGGAUGACUUUGUCAGUAUCCAGGACGCAAGUGGGACCAAUAAGACCCGGCAGAAGCGCUACGCCGAGCACAAGAGUUACAGAGGGGAGCACUCGGUUUGCGAUAGCCAGAGCCUGUGGGUGAACAAUCGGACUACGGCCGUGGACAUGUUCGGACUGCAGGUCACGGUUAUGCGGUCAUUCAAUACGAUCAAGCAAUUCUUUUACGAGACAAAAUGUGUAACAGCCAAGCCCUAUAAGAGCGGCUGCAGGGGGAUCGAUGGCAAGCACUGGAACUCGCAGUGCAAAACUACGCAGUCUUUUGUGCGCGCCCUCACUCAGUAUAAAUCUUUAGUGGGUUGGCGCUGGAUACGUAUAGACAGUUCAUGUGUCUGCGCGCUCUCCCGCAAAUCCCGCAGGACGUGAAAAAUCACAAAUGUGCAAACCACAUACAAACUCGCCUGCAGUAUAUUGCACCAAGACACCACUAUCUUCAGAUUUGUCCCUGGGGGCUGUAAAUAUAUAAAUAUAAAUUAUUUAAGUUAUAUGGAAUACAUUUAGUUUAUACAUGUCUAUGUAUGAUGUAUACGAAUAUUUAUUUAAGUCUUUGCAAAGGUAAAUCUUUAAAAAAGAGAGAUAAAGACUUUUAUAAUCAUGCAAUGCCACCUGAGCUACAGGAGCACUGCAUGAAUCGAUGUGCCUUGCUCAAAUAUCAGUCGGAGGACACAUAACCUGGACCUUGGGAACAGUUGCAAUGGAAAACAAAACCCUCAAUAUCAUGCUAACUUCAGUAUUGUUCAUGAAAACAUGAUGUUAGCGCACAUGACAAGACAAAAAUGAAAUUUACACAAACCACUGCAUCACUAUAUACAGUCAGUAUAUAUAGCGCACUAUCCAAUGACAAUAAGGAGCUCAUCAAUAGAGACUAAUGUAAAAUAUAUAGAGUUUACAAAUUAAGCUCUUGUGAGUCUGGGAAGUACUUUGUUAUACACAGAUAGUAUACUGGCUUUGUAAAGGAGUCUAGUGUUGACUUAAUAGUUCACAAAUCACUAAUCUUCAGCUGUUUAAACAAUUUACAGCAUGUCCAUCGUCGCCUUUACAGUGUCUGACACAUAGCAGCAAUGAUGUGAACUAGUUACAUAACAGUCUAGAAAGGGUCUUAUAAUACAAUUGGCUUCUAGUUAUCCAUUGUGCUGCUUAGUAGCGUUAAAGAAAAUACUUUAACAAAUAAAGACUCCUCCCUCUUACCAUACCCAAAAGCUCCACCCACCAUAGACCAAACUGACCACCACACCCACCAGCUAUACGAUUUCUGCACAUUCCAGUCAGACCAGCCUCUUUUCAGUCUUAUAACUUAACCCAAAAUAAGAGCAACAUGUAAACAAAAGGAGUACAAAUAGGCCACUGCUAAGGACACAAUAGUCUUACGUACUGUCGAGGUAAAUCUGGCUUAAGACUAUGUACAUGCAUGCAGAUCUGGGAUUUAAAGACGUAAUCUCCCCUUUAAGAGGGUUUCCCUUGUGUCAGACUCAUCUUAGGAGAUAAUCAUUUUGCCAUUAGACUGGAGGUAUAAAAACCCCUUGGCAUUAUUUUUCACAGUUUGUAUAAGACCUUAUCCGAAACCACGAGACCCCAACGUAUAGGACUCCUGUCCAGUUAUUUUAAUAAGCCCUAAGCUGAUUACUUUUAAUCAAGCCAUGUGUCAGUCUCUUAAACAAAAACUUAUCAUUUUGUAGUGGUCUACAACAACUAUAUAUACCCAAAACAACACAUCUGUGAUCAACAAUAUAAGAGGUGUCAGGCAAGAGAUAGCAAGUUUUUGGUCAACUGAAGAAUUUAACGACAAAGCCAUGUGGGGCAAGUUGUUGGGGCUUGGAUUCUGUUCAGGCUAAUCUUUGUGAUGGUUAACCCAGGUCACCUCUGAUUGGACAAUCUGCCUAAGAGUCCCCAUAAAGACGGUUUCAGCAGUAACAACAUAAUCAAAUGUCUUUUAUGGAACAAAUGUAACUUUCGGUACACUCUGCAAAUGAUCAAUAAGUCGUUUUAGAUGUGUACUAUAUAAUGUACACAAUUUUAACUACAGAUUGGCUGCCAAACCAUCUUUCACGUAGCGAUGAUCCAUGAUUGAUGUCUCCCCUCAUCUUUAGGAAACCAAAACAUUUGUUAUUUUCAACAAGAUAUUUGUUCCAGAGUUCAGUUUAGCCAAUAGUCAGACCAUUAACCUCCUAAGACCUGGAUGUCCACAUACAAAGAGGAAAAUAAGUAUUUGAACACCCUGCUAUUUUGCAAGUUCUCCCACUUAGAAAUCAUGGAGGGGUCUGAAAUUGUCAUCGUAGCUGCAUGUCCACUGUGAGAGACAUAAUCUAAAAAAAUCCAGAAAUCACAAUGUAUGAUUUUUUAAACUAUUUAUUUGUAUGAUACAGCUGCAAAUAAGUAUUUGAACACCUGAGAAAGUCAACCAGUCACCAGGUUUGCACACACUGCAGGAGGGAUUUUGGCCCACUCCUCCACACAGAUCUUCUCUAGAUCAGUCAGGUUUCUGGCCUGUUGCUGAAAAACACGGAGUUUGAGCUCCCUCCAAAGAUUCUCUAUUGGGUUUAGGUCUGGAGACUGGCUAGGCCACGCCAGAACCUUGAUAUACUUCUUACAGAGCCACUCCUUGGUUAUCCUACAUGUGUGCUUCGGGUCAUUGUCAUGUUGGAAGACCCAGCCUCGACCCAUCUUAAAUGCUCUAAAUGAGGGAAGGAGGUUGUUCCCCAAAAUCUCGCAAUACAUGGCCCCAGUCAUCCUCUCCUUAAUACAGUGCAGUCGCCCUGUCCCAUGUUCAGAAAAACACCCCCAAAGCAUGAUGCUACCACCCCCAUGCUUCACAGUAGGGAUGGUGUUCUUAAGAUGGUACUCAUCAUUCUUCUUCCUCCAAACACGUUUAGUGGAAUUAUGACCAAAAGUUCUAUUUUGGUCUCAUCUGACCACAUGACUUUCUCCCAUGACUCCUCUAGAUCAUCCAAAUGGUCAUUGGCAAACUUAAGAUGGGCCUGGACAUGUGUUGGUUUAAGCAGGGGAACCCUCAGUGCCAUGCGUGAUUUCAAACCAUGACGUCUUAGUGCAUUACCAACAGUAACCUUGAAAACGGUGGUCCCAGCUCUUUUCAGGUCAUUGACCAGCUCCUCCCGUGUAGUUCUGGACUGAUUUCUCACCUUUCUUAGGAUCAUUGAGACCCCACGAGGUGAGAUCUUGCAUGGAGCUCUAGUCUGAGGGAGAUUGACAGUCAUGUUUAGCUUCUUCCAUUUUCUAAUGAUCGCUCCAACAGUGGACCUUUUUUUACCAAGCUGUUUGGCAAUUUCCCCGUAGCCCUUUUCAACCUUGUGGAGGUGUACAAUUUUGUCUCUAGUGUCUUUGAACAGCUCUUUGGUCUUGGCCACGUCAGUAGUUGGAUUCUUACUGAUUGUAUGGGGUGGACAGGUGUCUUUAUGCAGCUAAUGACCUCAAACAGGUGCAUCUAAUUUAGGAAAAUAAAUGGAGUGUAGGUGAACAUUUUAAAGGCAGACUAACAGGUCUUUGAGGGUCAAAAUUCUAGCUGAUAGACAGGUGUUCAAAUACUUAUUUCCAGCUGUAUCAUACAAAUAAAUAGUUAAAAAAUCAUACAUUGUGAU